AUGACCAGUAAUUUCGACAGGUACAUUGGAAGAGGAGGAUAUGGACCAGUUUAUGUUGGCUUGCUUCAAAGCAAGGAAAUAAUAGUUGAAGUAUUAUUUGAUAAGUCACAUCAGGGUCCAACAGAAUUUUCUGUAGAGGUGGAUAUGCUCUCCAGAUUACACCAUAAGAAUUCGGUAAAAUUCAUUGGCUACUACCAUGAGGAGAAUAUGAUUUAUAUUUAUGAAAUUAUGUCCAAUGGUGACCUUCGACAGUGUCUUGACAGCCAAAAUUCAUUUGGAAAAUGCCUCUAUUGGGAAACAGGGGUCAACAUUACAUUAGAUGCCGGUCAAGAUCUGGUGUAUUUAUAUGCAGGUUGUAACCCAGGCAUUAUUCACAUAGAUGUGAAGAGCUCAAAUAUCCUUCUCGAUGGUUGCAUAGAGGCAAAAGUAUCAGAUUUUGGAUUGUCUAUAAUUGGUCCUUUGGAUGGAGCUACUCGCAUAACCAUGCUAGCAAAAGGUGUCAUAGGAUACAUAGAUCCACAAUAUUACAUCCAUCAUGGAUUGAUAGAAAAAAUCGACAUAUAUAACUUUGUAGUUGUUCUAUUAGAAAUUAUUUCUGGAUGA